AUGGCUAACCGUAUUAUCUCCCAGACUACUCCCGUCAAGAAGACAAAACCACCAGCAGCCAAUAGACAACAGAUGUCCGACAUUGUUGACCGCACCGGCUACCUCACGCCCUCCUCUAAAUUUAGCUCGCUACGCUUACACAGACCUUCGACUCGUAAAGCAGUUCAGUUCCAUCGAUACGCACGGGAAAAUAAGCUCAUAGUCUUCCGGGACAACCAUUCGUACACACCGAAAUACCAUGUGAACCGCAUCGAAACUGGGGAGCCAGAUAUAGUCGCAACACUUGCACCCAUUAACGAUCUUCUCGAAGAAGAUGAUGAAGCUCGACUUCCUUGGCACCACAUAUUAUCCGUCAUCGAAGAGAAAGGCAAACUCGACAAGAAUAAAGGACCUCGUCAAUCUGGAGCCUAUUUAGCGUUCGCGACCCAAUGUCGUCCCGACCUCGUUGGAAUGUACGGGAUGUCUAUAUCCCCCGUCGGGUACGUCCUUCAAUACAGCUGCGCAUCUGGUCUCCAAACGUCAGGGGAAUUUCCUUGGGCCGAUAUCGGGCCCCUGGUCUCCUAUGUCUACACGCUAUACGUUCCUCAUCCAGGAUUCGCGAGCCGAGACCCGAGCGUGACUCUGGCUGACAAUGGUGACACACUCGGCUCGCCUUCGUGGAACAUCCGUGACGGGGACAAGGUCUACGAAAACUGUGUUGUCAAGGUCGUCGGAGAUCCAUGGCAUCGGAUGACCUGGGUUGCCAGAGUCGGCAAUACCCCAAUUACGAUUAAAGAUUCGUACCGUGAUGCUCAUGGCAGCUUCAAGGAAGGCGAGCUUUACGACAUCCUGCACAAGCAAGGGCCCGCGCCUGGAUUCCUGCGCGUCAAGAAAGAAUAUGAAGUUGAAUGGAAAAAGAGUUGUCCCAUCAGAGUUACUGUUGACACCUCCACGCGCAUCAAGACGCGACUAAUCAUGCACACCUGGGGAGAAUCGCUUCCUCACCGCUGGGCGGUGCUGGAGCGCAAUAUCAUCCAUCGAGAUAUCAGUCACGGCAAUAUCUUGGUUCAAGCCCAAGACUUCAAGGAGGAAGGGGAUAAGGACUUCGAGGGCAAGGAACAUCGACCGAUCUUCGCGAAUGAGAUCGUCGAAGAGAACAUGAAAAAUGCCGAUCCGAUGGCUCGCCUCGGGGACUUCGACAAUGCGGCGGAACUGGACCGAAUGCUGGCAGUAUCGCCAACAUUUGUCGCAAGGAGGGACACCAUGCUCAUGAAUGAUGAACCCCUGCGAUGUCGAACUGGAACACCGAAGUUCAUCGCACGUUCGCCUGCUGUUGGCCGUAUGCUUGUCGCGGACAACACCUUCCGCAAGAUGCCAGAACUGCCAAGUCAUCUUGUCGAUCGAUACACCCAGGUAUACGCCAAUGACACGUCCGGUUUACGAACAUUCUCCGACGUUGGCACCACUCGUCAUGGGGGCGUUUAUACUGAAGAAAUGGCAGAGAAGCACUACAGAGACAGAACCCUACGUGUAAAAGAGUUCGAGCACCGUCCUCGCCACGACGCAGAGUCGGUCUUCUGGUGCAUAGUAGUGUUCCUGCUCCUUGCAGCCCCUUUGGGAAGCCCCCCAGAAAAACCCCACGAACUCGAGGAUCCUGACGAGUUUGGACUCAACUGCGCAUGGAAAUACAUCGCCAAUCAUCAGAUCGGCGUACGUAAAGAUAUAGGCGAUAGUAGGUUGAGUUUACUCCGCGAUGCAGAAUGGGACGAAUGGCUACACCCUGAGCUUGCUGAUGUUGAACCCUUUCUGCUGGCGCUGGCGGCUCAGAUUACUCCUGAGUGGGGCCUCAUCGAACCGGCACCUCCCAUUCUCCACCUUCACGAAGCGAUGCAGCGUAUCCUUCUUCAAUAUAUUGACCUCUGGAAGACGCAGAAGAAGGACGUCAAGUUUGAUACAGGACGAAUACGACCAGCAGAAAUCCCCGACAAUCGAGUAAUGCCUCAGGUAGCGCAUGAACCGAGCGUCGACGGACAGCAUAUCGCCUCGGCCUCGCUCAGGCCAAAGCGACAAGCGAACCAGCUUGGAGCGAAGGAGGAAUCCCAACCAAAGAGGCGCCGAACAACGAGGCAGGGCACAUCGUCAUACACCGAGGGUACAUCAACAUACAACGAGGCGACAACAUCAUACAAGAAAGACGUCCCCCGAAGCCUCCCGCCAUCGCCACGCUUGUUCGCGGGCCGUCGAAUAACGAGGCAGACCACAAGAUUACUCAACAAGGGCACAGGUUCCUACAAGGAUGUUGGCCCUCAGAGCCGUCCGCCAUCGCCGCGCUUGUUGAUUGGUUCCGGGAUAACGAGGCAGACUUCAAGAGCAUCCAACGAGAGCGCAGGAUCACAGAAGGAUAUCGGACCUCAGAGCCUACCACCCUCGCCACGCUUGUUCAUGGGCCGUCGGCUUCCCCUCGAAUAUUCAUUAGAUGAGGAUAUCUUUGAGAGAAGUCUCCCCUCCACGCCAACAUCACCCUCCACAAACCUUCUUCAUCUCUCACCACCUGUCGAUUCGCAGACACUAGAUACUGAUGGUGAUGCUGAAGCCUAA